AUGAUGUUCCGCGACCAGGUGGGCAUCCUCGCUGGCUGGUUCAAGGGCUGGAAUGAGUGUGAGCAGACGGUGGCCCUGCUGUCACUUCUGAAGCGGGUCACUCGCACCCAGGCCCGGUUCCUGCAGCUCUGCCUGGAGCACUCGCUGGCGGACUGCAAUGACAUCCACCUGCUAGAGUCAGAGGCCAACAGUGCUGCCAUCGUCAGCCAGUGGCAGCAGGAGUCCAAAGAGAAGGUGGUAUCCCUCCUGCUGUCCCACCUGCCCCUGCUUCAGCCAGGCAACACGGAGGCCAAGUCGGAGUACAUGAGACUGCUGCAGAAAGUGCUGGCCUACUCGAUCGAGAGCAAUGCCUUCAUCGAGGAGAGCCGCCAGCUGCUCUCUUACGCCCUCAUCCACCCGGCCACCACACUGGAGGACCGCAAUGCACUGGCCCUCUGGCUGAGCCACCUGGAAGAGCGGCUGGCCAGCGGCUUCCGCACCCGGCCUGAGCCUACCUACCACUCACGCCAAGGCUCAGAUGAAUGGGGGGGCCCUGCAGAGCUGGGCCCUGGGGAGGCAGGGCCAGGCUGGCAGGACAAACCACCCCGGGAAAAUGGACACGUGCCCUUCCACCCAUCCAGCUCAGUGCCGCCAGCCAUCAACAGUAUUGGGAGCAAUGCAAACACAGGUCUCCCCUGCCAAAUUCACCCCAGCCCGCUGAAGCGCUCCAUGUCUCUCAUCCCCACGAGCCCCCAGGCCCCUGGUGAGUGGCCGAGUCCGGAGGAGCUCGGGGCCCGGGCUGCUUUCACCACGCCCGACCACGCACCCCUCUCACCCCAGAGCAGCGUGGCCUCCUCUGGCAGUGAGCAGACGGAGGAGCAGGGCUCCAGCCGGAACACCUUCCAGGAGGACGGCAGUGGCAUGAAAGAUGUACCCUCAUGGCUCAAGAGCCUCCGCUUGCACAAGUACGCAGCCCUCUUCUCACAGAUGAGCUACGAGGAGAUGAUGACACUGACUGAGCAGCACCUGGAGUCUCAGAAUGUCACCAAAGGUGCCCGCCACAAGAUAGCCCUCAGCAUCCAGAAGCUGCGUGAGAGGCAGAGCGUCCUCAAGUCCCUGGAGAAGGAUGUGCUGGAAGGAGGGAAUCUGCGAAACGCUCUGCAGGAGCUGCAGCAGAUAAUCAUCACCCCCAUCAAGGCCUACAGCGUCCUCCAAGCCACCGUGGCUGCUGCCGCUGCCGCCACCCCUACUGCCAAGGAUGGGAGCCGGGGGGAGCCACCACUGCCAGGUGCUGAGCCUCCCCUGGCUCACCCCGGCACAGACAAGGGCACUGAGGCCAAGGACCCUCCAGCUGCAGAGAGCUACCCCCCUCCACCAGCUCCAGCUCCCACUGAUGGCAGUGAGCCAGCCCCGGCUCCCGUCGCCGACGGAGACAUCCCCAGCCAGUUUACACGGGUGAUGGGCAAAGUGUGCACCCAGCUGCUGGUGUCCCGACCAGACGAGGAGAACAUCACCAGUUACCUCCAGCUCAUUGAAAAGUGCCUGACUCAUGAGGCGUUCACGGAGACGCAGAAGAAACGGCUGCUGUCCUGGAAACAGCAAGUGCUGAAGCUCCUGCGGACCUUCCCGCGCAAAGCCGCACUAGAGAUGCAGAGCUACCGGCAGCAGAAAGGCUGGGCGUUCGGCUCCAACUCGCUUCCCAUAGCUGGCUCUGUGGGGAUGGGGGUAGCCCGGCGGACCCAGCGGCAGUUCCCCAUGCCUCCCCGGGCCCUCCCGCCCGGCAGGAUGGGCCUUCUGAGCCCUUCGGGCAUUGGGGGCAUCUCCCCGCGACAUGCCCUCACUAGCCCCAGUCUUGGGGGCCAGGGCCGACAGAACCUGUGGUUUGCCAACCCCGGAGGCAGCAACAGCAUGCCCAGCCAGAGCCGCAGCUCUGUGCAGCGCACCCACUCCCUCCCGGUCCAUUCGUCGCCCCAGGCCAUUCUCAUGUUCCCUCCAGACUGCCCGGUCCCUGGGCCUGACCUGGAGAUCAAUCCCACUCUGGAGUCUCUAUGUCUGAGCAUGACAGAACACGCCUUGGGUGAUGGGACAGACAAAACCUCCACCAUCUGA